GCGCUCUCGAGGGGCGCGAGGAGGAGGAGGAGGAGGACAAAGUGAGCGGAGCCUGGGAAUCCGAACCUUCCAAAGCGAGUCUGAGAGCGAGAGCAUCAUCAGCCAGGAGCAGCCCGGCGGGGACUUUCCUUCCUUGCUUCUUGCCUCUCCCAGCCAUCCCUUGUGGAGCGAGGGGCGGAAGGAGGGCGAGGGGCCAGAGGGGGGCGGGCGGUGGGUCGGAGCCGAGAAGAUGAACCGGAGCUUCAGCAAGUCUCCCUCCAGUCUGCGGUCUUUCGGGUACAACGCCGUGGAAGUCAAGAGCAAGUUUGGUGCUGAAUUUAGAAGAUUUUCUCUGGAUCGCUAUAAGCCAGGGAAAUUUGAGGACUUCUACAAACUUAUCCUUCACAUUCAUCAUAUAUCCAACAUGGAAGUUAUGAUCGGAUAUGCAGAUAUACAUGGGGAUCUUCUUCCUAUUAAUAAUGAUGACAACUUCUUCAAGGCUGUUUCAAGUGCAAACCCGCUGCUUAGAAUUUUUAUACAAAAACAAGAUGAAGCAGAUUAUGGUAAUUUUGGUUCAAACACCUUGACCAGAAAAAAGAAGGCCCUGGUGACCCUCCGGAAUGACAAUCUUCGCAGGCGACCUCAUGUAAACAUUAGCAUGCCUCAAGACUUUAGACCAGUGUCAUCCAUCAUUGAUGUAGAUAUUCUGCCAGAAACACACAGGAGAGUAAGACUGUAUCGACAUGGGUGUGAGAAACCAUUAGGAUUUUACAUUCGUGAUGGGACAAGCGUAAGAGUAACUCCUCAUGGGUUGGAAAAGGUACCUGGCAUUUUCAUCUCACGGAUGGUUCCUGGUGGUUUAGCUGAGAGUACAGGCUUGCUUGCUGUCAAUGACGAAGUCCUGGAAGUGAAUGGCAUAGAAGUGGCAGGAAAAACUCUAGACCAAGUAACGGACAUGAUGAUUGCCAACAGCCAUAAUCUUAUCAUCACUGUCAAGCCAGCAAAUCAAAGGAACAAUAUUAUCAGAAGCAGUCGGAUGUCUGGAAGCUCUGGCCAAUCUACAGAUAGCACUGCAAGUCACCACAGUUUGCCUUCUGCUCAUGUCCUGCAGAACUUCCACCCAGAUGAAAUGGAGAGCGAUGAGGAUGCUGACAUUGUCAUUGAGGGCUGUCUGGAGCCACAGCCCAUUCCAAAAUCACAUAGCCUUCCUUCCGGUAGCCUUUCCCGACUUAAUGGCAACAGUCUUAGCCAUAGAAUACAGAGGGACCUGGUAAUCAACAGCAGCUUGGGACGAGAAAGCAAUGGCAAUAUUCACAAAAUUUUAAGUUCCUUAAAAACUGAUCCUCGUCAUAGCUUGGUUCUUCCCAAAGGAGGCAUUGAAGAGGAUGGAACAGUGAUCACACUUUAAUGGAUUUUGCAAGUAUGUGUGUUUCUAGUCUGAAGUGCCAACUGGAACAAGUAUAUUCACACACUGAAGAGAGAAAGAAAACCUUCAUUCUCAUAAACCUUUUGCUGUGUGAAAUGUUUAACUUCCCAGGAAGGAUGGUUUUCAUGAUUAGACAUGGAAGUGCCACCUACUGCAAUCCAUGAAAAAGUGUAAAUAUGAUUUCUCUCCCAGGUUCAGAAUGAAAUUAUUGGUUUUUGUUGUUUUUUUAAUCCUAUGAAAUUCCUCUGGCUAGGUUGCCGAAAAUGCUGUCUGUUGAAUCAUGUAUCUGCUGCAUGUAUGGAGGUGCCAUGCAAGCAUACAUGUAAAUGGGUUUAUACUUGGGUGAAAAAUAACAGAACACAAAAGCUCACAAUGGGCUUUCAUAAAUUAAUCUGGGAGAAAUUACUAUGAAAUGUGUUAUAAUUUGAAAAUUGAUUUUUCUGUCUUUUAAUACUGCCCUCUGGCUUGUUUACACAGAAAACCGACUAUGUUGCACCCCCCAGAUUAGGAAAGGAUUGUCUAAAGGAAUGGAUUUCUACCCUGGAACAGUGCAGAGAGGAUGCUGUAUUUCUUAUUUUGAGGAGGGGCAGUGAAACUUUGACCAAAUGAUUUUGUUUUAUAUACAUAUAUUUUUAAGUGGGAUAGAGAUGGGUAGUGUUGGCAUAAUUUCUUUUUAGAUCAGCACCACCUGCUGAUCACUGGUAGUACUGUUUGAAUAAACUUACCUUUAUGAUGUAUUGUGAAGAACAUGGAGGCUGGCUUAGUUAAUGCAUCAUCAUAACGUGUGAUGUGCAUUUUCUUUUCAUUAUUACAGUAUUUAUUAGACAAAUAUUCAAAUAUUAGUGACCAUGGGUUUUCUCUUCUGUCCAUGUGACACUACAGAAAAAGCAAAUAAACAGAGUUGCUUAGAUGUGUGUUAUAUGGCUCUUCUAAGGCACCAUGAGAAUUCCAUCUAAAUUUGUCUUACUAUCUAAAAUUAACUUGAAUCCACAGAGUCUUUAAUCAUGAAACCCAAUUCCUGUCUUUCAGUAAAUGUUUGACUUUUUAAUCUACUUCACUAGACUUUUCCUUUGGAGUCUACAGUGCUAUAGUUCAAGAAUGCAUCAGGUUUUGUGCAACCAUUUAUUUUAAAUUAUCAUGAUUACCUACAAAUUAUGCCAGUAACAAACUGUUCCAGAAGUGGGGGAUUUGCUCUCAGCUCUGCUUUUCUAUUCCAUUGAAUGCCACAAGUUGUUAAAAUGAUUUAAUAGAAAAAUUUGAAUAUAUUCAUGAAAUGUCUAGGGACAAAAAUAUAUUUGAUUUACAAUGUAUUUUUCUACUUUUAGCUGUCAUUUUCUUUGUUUUUUUUAAUUGUGUAGUAUUGUAUAUUAAAGCUUUUCUAAAGGAAUGUGCUUUCUCUAAUUUAUAGCCCCAAUCCCUUCACCCUCUUUCUUUGUACUAUGCAGGGUUCAAACCCUUGAGGGGUUAAUAAGCCUUUCUAUUCUUGUAUCUGAAAUAAAACUAUGUAGAAAUUUU